UUUCAAGAUCAUUCGCUUAUAUAUACAGUUUUGAUCUCAGUUCUUGUGAAAGUAAACGAAGGAGUUCGUCUCAUAGUGCACUGCUCAAGCUUAGUGGAUCAGUCGAAGCUAGUUUCUGGAACAAGAGUUACUCUUGAGAGAAGAACGUUUACUAUAAUGAGAAUCCUCCCUCCUAAGGUUAAUCCAUUGGUUCAUAAGAUGGUGUAUCAACAUGAUGGUGGUGAUGUUAGUUACUCAGAUCUUGGUGGGUUAACUCAUCAACUCAGAGAUGUAAGAGACUGGAUUGAGCGUCCUCUCAUAGAUCCUGACAUUUUUGAACGAGUUGGUGUAAAGCCUCCCAAGGGAGUUCUUCUCUAUGGACCUCCUGGUACUGGAAAGACAUUGUUAGCCAAAGCAAUCGCUAGCAAUAUCAAUUCAACUUUUUUGAUGGUUGUUUCUAGCUCGCUUGUUAGCAAAUACGUGGGAGAGAGUCCAUUGAUGGUGAGAGAGAUGUUUAAAUAUGCCCGUGAACAUCAACCAUGCAUCAUCUUUUUGGAUGAGAUUGAUGCUAUUGGUAGACGUAGAUCCAGCUACGGAGAAGGAGAAACUAGAGAGUGUGACAGAGUCCUCAUCGAGCUUCUCUCUCAACUUGAUGGAUUCAACGAACUUGAUAAGGUGAAGGUUAUAAUGGCAACGAACAGACCUGAUGUUCUUGACCCUGCGCUGCUUAGACCUGGUAGAAUCGAUAAGAAGAUAGAGUUCUCAUUGCCUAACGAAGAUUCCAGAAUGAGAAUCCUUAAGAUUCAUGCUUCUGGUAUUACUAAACAAGGAGCUAUCGACUACGAAAAGGUCGUGAAACUAUCUGAGGGAUUCAAUGGAGCAGAUAUGCGUAACAUAUGUACUGAAGCAGGGAUGUUAGCUUUACGUGCAGGGCACGAUUACGUUGUCCCCAGCGACUUCAUCAAGGCUGUAACGAAACUAGGCGAAGCGAAGAAGCUUGAGUCCAGUGCACAUUACAAUGCUGAUUUCUGAGAGAGUAGAGAUCAGAAACGUGUAAAUUAGUAGAAGGGACACAACUCACUUAUGUAUCGAGUUAGAUGGGGUAGACCUCUGUUGUACUUUUCCUUUGCAUGGAUGGAAUCUCCAAAGUCCAAACUCUUCUCUGUACAUCUAUUUUAUCAUUUAUAAACCAGCUUGAUACCUACCAAUAGCAUUAAAGCAUAUAUGAAAGAGAAGCUGAAACAGUAUUUGAGGUUUGUUAAUUGUCUGAAAUUAUGAUAAAAAGACUAAAUUAACUCUCCUAAAUCAUUUAUAAAUGUUUUAAAACUAUAAUAGAAGUUUAUAAAUCUAAUUACACCCCUAAAUACUAAACUUUAAACAAUAAUCAUUAAAUACUAAAACCAAAUGUUAUGAUAUUUUUGAUAAAAGUAUUCUUGAAAAGUGAUAUCCAAUUUGUGAUAUUUCAAACAAUUUCUUUUUUAGAGAUUUUCUUAUAACAGUGAGAGAUCCACAACACAUGUGUUAUUUUUAAAUGGUCUUAUUUAUUUUAUAUUAAAAUUUAUUUACCAGAUAAAUUAUACUAAUAUUAAAUAGAUACUCAUAUGAGAAAUUUUACCACCAAUGACGUUUUUCAGGGGGCCCUGUUUUCAGAAUAUGUGCAUCUGUGGGGGUUGAACUGUAAACCCAAAAACUUUAUGAAUAUGUAUAAAAUAGCGGGAUUCAAUAAAAGAAAAGUUUCAGGUAUUUUCAGUUAUAAAAAAAAAAAAUCAUACUUGAUACGUUGGAAACUUGGAAUGAUAGCAAGUGUGCUUGCGGAGCAAUAGUAAAGUUUUCUUCUUCUUCUUGAUUUGUGUGACUUCAAAGGCUUCCAUGGAAGACGUAGAUGAAGAGAUAGAGAGAAGAAUCAAUGACGAGAAAGUGAAGAGAGGCAUAGCCAUUAUGAGAUGCAAGUCUAAACUCCUCAUUCGCAACAUUAACCAAGAAAGAACCAAAACUGGUAAAUACUCCUUUCUAAACCCUAAGGUUUCCAUUCGAUUGCUUGUGCUUCAAGUUUGCGUGUUUCUGAUCAGUAAAAGAGAAUCUGGAAGCUUUAAAGAUAAGACUCGAAGAAACUGAAGACGAACUCAAGUACUUUACCACUACUCAUGCGGAAUUGGUUGGAGAAGUUGUGCAACCUCUAGGCAAAGAAAGAUGUAACGUUCUUGAUUUUCUUGAUUUUUGGUUUGUUUCAGAUCAUUGGCUUUAAUAUACAGUUUUGAUCUCAGUUCUUGUGAAAGUAAACGAAGGCUUUCGUUACAUAGUGAAUCGCUCAAGCUUAGUGGCUCAGUCAAAGCUAGUUUCUGGAACCAGAGUUAGUCUUCAGAGAAGAACGUUUACUAUAAUGAGAAUCCUCCCUCCUGAGGUUAAUCCAUUGGUUCAGAAGAUGGUGUAUCAACAUGAUGGUGGUGAUGUUAGUUACUCAGAUCUUGGUGGGUUAACUCAUCAACUCAAAGAUGUAAGAGACUGGAUUGAACGUCCUCUCAUAGAUCCUGACAUUUUUGAACGAGUUGGUGUAAAGCCUCCCAAGGUUGGU